AUGCUACAUCAGCGCCAAGACGAUGAACGACGGCAAAGGUUCUGUGUCUUAGUCUAUCCAAUCUUGUUCCCUCUGAUCGGCAUCGAAUUUUCCAAUAAACCGUACGAGCCCCCUGACCAUAUCCAGCACUCCAACAUAACCCCGGCCUCAGAAAAACUACAAGAAGCAACAACCGGUCCGACAAGAAAAAGGGCUGGGCCCAGGCCGCUGCAAGUUCCCGUGGAAGGCGGUUCGCAUACAUCUGUAAGUGCCUUUGUGCGUAAACUCACACCACCUCCGUCACAUGGACCGCAAUCUCGCCCACACUUAGCCGCACCCUGCAGGAAGCAGCCUCCCCCCCUCCACUGCCUCCAGGUUGGCCCCCCUCCCUUAAAAAAAAACUUAACAGUAGCACAGUAUAGACACGAUGCCCAGCCGUGGGGUUUACCGGAUUACGGUGGUUUGUUCAUUGCAAUGAACCGUUUGCUGCGGUCGCCUUGCCUCUCAUCGCCUGCUCCUCGAAACUUCAUCGUUCUUCCCGCUAACCGCAAGUCACAAAACCAUAGUUCGUACCAGCGCAAGUCUCACGUAUCAAUCUACCUUGUACGAAGUUCACAAACGGAAACUUCCCGUUCUGGUUCCAUGUCAAAUUUCCUUCAUUCGAGCAACAUGCCAAGACCUGGCGCUACCCUUUCACCCACCUGCUUACCUUGCUCUAGGUUCGUUUCCCUGAAUCCCCAUCCUUUCUCGAAGAGUCUUGGUCUCGUCUCAUCUCGUCUGGUCGGGUUCCGGCUCGCAGCCAAACGAGUAAACCUACCUUACCUUAGCGGCCAAAGGCAAUUCAACGUCAGCAAAGCAUCACCUUCGUGGGAAAGUCUGGGCUCGUCAUGGACCCCGUCGUGGGCUGGUUCUGGCCAGGACUCUCCCAUCAACGGGCCUCGGACGCUCGAAAAAGCACAAGCCCGCUUACACAAACAAGAGGUCCAGUCUGGCCCAUGCUGCCGGCCAGCCAGCGAGCGCCAGCCCCCCCCCCCUCCCGUCCCAUCCCAUCCCAUCCCAUCUUGCCGUCCAAGUUACGAUGGGCUGGAUGAAGACGAUCACUGGUCGAUGAUCCUUUUCCCCGCCGCCCCCAACGUCCGCCGAUCUCCCGGGUCAUCUCUCCAGAUGUCUUCCCUCUUUUGUGCUGAGAUCCACCAUGGAAUCGCCUUCUCCCACGCUGGACAAAUCGACAACCCCCCCGUGGAGCUCAGAGAACCCCAUCCCAACCAGCCCUACGAACCGACGACUUCCACCAUCAAUGACCACCACCACCACUACCCCCGGCCGAAUCUCCGGAAACCCGCCCACCCCAAAAAACCACAUAAGAAAGAGGAGCAAAGAACCCCAACGGUCACAGUGUGGGCCAGCCAGAAAGGCGCAGCAGCAGCAUCGGACAGCGGUAACCCUUCAGACGAAACUCAUCUAGGCCCCCUCGGUCCCUCGUGGAUAGUGGAUUCGCGGGAAUACGCAGUGCUAUUGCGGCGGAUACGCAGACAAAAAAAAAAGGUUCCAGACCGUUCCGGACCUCCUUGGCAGGGACCCCAGCACAUCAGACCACCCGGGCGCCACACGGCUGGGCCUAGACCUCGCCCAUCGACCAUCCCAUCCCACACCACCAUCCCCAAGCUUCCCGCCUGCAAACUGCAAACUGCGCGCCUAUCCCGUACCCGUACCCGCAUGGAUCGGGGGGGUCCUGCACCCUUAAGAUCUGGCGUGAACCUGAGCCUGGGCUCCGUCUCUGGCCAAGAGUUUUCAGUCUUGGUACCCCGUAGAGGCAGCAGCACCCUCUAUACACAGGUCCGAGUAUCCCGUGCUGCUGCUGUCACCAAAAGCAUGACGUCCCGCAACUUUUCGACUCGUCCUUGUUCAUUCAGCAUCACUUUCAAAAAGUCCUUUCUCAAAUACCUGUUCAAAUUCGCCUUCAACCACCUGCGGUUCAGAAAUGCGAACCAUGAUACUCCACCAACUCCGAUCACCAAAUCUCUCUUCUCAAGGUCGGAUAGUUGUCACCGAUUCCGCCCCAUUCGUCCAACCCAUGCCGAUACCCAAUUGGCGACAUGUCCUUUCUUGGGACAUCAUCAGUCGCUCUUCCUGAGGGGUAUAUUUGUCGUGGGCCAAUCCCCGAGCAUUCAAAGACGACAAUGA